GACAUCAUUACAAGAAUGCAGGAUGACAAAACAGGUGGAGUUCCUAUCCGCACCGUCAAGAGCUUUCUGUCCAAAAUCCCCAGUGUCGUCACCGGUGCUGAUAUUGUGCAGUGGCUUAUGAAGAACCUCAGCAUUGAGGAUCCAGGGGAAGCAAUACACUUGGGAAGUCUUAUCGCUGCACAGGGCUAUGUCUUUCCCAUCUCGGACCAUGUCCUUACCUUGAAAGAUGAUGGGACAUUCUAUCGUUUCCAGGCACCGUACUUUUGGCCUUCAAACUGCUGGGAACCAGAAAACACGGAUUAUGCCAUCUAUCUUUGCAAACGGACCAUGCAGAACAAAGCUAGGCUGGAGCUGGCGGAUUAUGAAGCCGAAAACUUAGCAAGGCUUCAGAGAGCGUUUGCAAGAAAGUGGGAAUUCAUCUUCAUGCAAGCUGAGGCCCAAGUGAAAAUCGACAGAAAAAAGGAUAAAACAGAAAGAAAGAUUUUGGACAGCCAGGAGAGAGCAUUCUGGGAUGUGCACAGGCCUGUGCCGGGCUGUGUGAACACCACGGAAAUGGACAUUAGAAAGUGUCGUCGUAUGAAAAACCCGCAGAAGGUGAAAAAGUCAGUGUACGGGGUUACAGAGGAGUCUCAGUCCCAAAGCCCUGUACAUGUGCCCUCCCAACCUGUACGCAAAACUACAAAAGAGGAUUUCCGGAAACAAAUAACUUUUCUGAACGUGCAGAUAGAGAGGCAUUGUUUAAAGAUGUCCAAAGUAGCAGAAAGUUUAAUAGCCUAUACAGAGCAGUAUGUGGAAUAUGACCCCUUUAUAACUCCUGCUGAGCCUUCCAAUCCCUGGAUAAGUGAUGAUGCAGCGUUGUGGGACAUUGAAAUGAGCAAAGAACCUAGUCAGCAGCGUGUGAAAAGAUGGGGUUUCUCCAUGGAUGAGGUGCUGAAGGACCCAGUAGGACGAGACCAGUUCCUUCGUUUCCUGGAAUCAGAAUUCAGCUCAGAAAACCUCAGGUUUUGGUUGGCUGUCCAAGAUCUCAAGAAACAACCUCUACAGGACGUAACCACCAGAGUGGAAGAAAUCUGGCAAGAGUUUCUAGCUCCUGGGGCCCAAAGUGCUAUCAACCUGGAUUCCCACAGCUAUGAGAAAACAAGCCAAAAUGUCAAAGACCCAGGGAGAUAUACAUAUGAAGAUGCACAGGAGCACAUUUACAAGCUGAUGAAGAGUGACAGCUAUGCGCGUUUCCUCCGUUCAAAUGCUUACCAGGACUUAUUGCUGGCGAAGAAGAAGCCAGAGAAUGAGCAAGGUCGUAGAACUUCUCUAGAAAAGUUCACUCGCAGCGUGGGACAAGACAGUGGCCAGACCAGUGAUACGUUGUUUAUGCAGAAUUUUUACAACUUCUGUCUGAACCAGCUGGCCGGGCCACACUGUUAG